AUGGAUAAGACACCUGAAAGCAAGCGCAGGCGGCACUUGCAGGGCCAACCUUCUAAUGCAAGCGAGGUGUCGUUUUCGGCCACCGGCCAGGUUACAGAAGAUGACAUGGUCGAUGGUUGUUUGGUCUGCGCCCUUGCGCUGGAGAAUUUGCAUUCUUUUAGAGACAAGUUUCCAGGAGCUUCUGUGUUGCUAGGGCUGUCGCCUUGUGACACUUCGGAUGAACCCGUGGUCCUCACUUGGGGCUCGUGCUGCUCUGGAAGUGAAGGCGUGAAUUUUGCCUUGCAGGCUAUCCAGCUAGCUUUGGCAAAGAAUGGCUUUGCUAUCGUGUUCCAACACCUCUUUUCAUGCGAAUCCAACAAAACAAAACGGACGUGGAUCAGCAAGGUCAUCGAAGCUGGCAGCGUGUUCCCGGAAAAUGGGGUGCAAGGGGCCCAUGGCAACCAGGACCCUUGUAUUUUCACAGACAUUGCCCAUAUGAAGGACGAGGCCGCCAAAUGUGAGAGCCACAAAGGAAAAUGUCAGGUUAAGACUGUAGAUGUUUUGUUUAUCGGCACCUCUUGCAAAGACCUUUCGCGACAAAAUUGUCACGUGGACAGAUCCAAGCCAGUCCUGGCAGAGGCUAUGUCUCGAGGGGGCUCUGCCCAGACGUUCAAUGGGCUCCUAGACUAUUGUGAGGGCUACAGGCCGGCGAUGGUUGUAUACGAAAAUGUAGAUGCUAUCGAUGAUAAAAUCACCGCCAAUGCAGAGAACAAUCUGACCAUUCUCAUGAAUGCUAUGCGGACACUUGGUUACCGGGGACAAAAAAUCAUGACUGAUGCUCAGCACUUUGGCUUGCCGUGCAGGCGUCGCAGGUUGUACAUCUUGUUCGUGAGCGAAAACAACAGCUUACUACGGUUCGGAGAUGAUGGGGCCAUUGGCCGGGCGUUUAGCAAGGUAAGAACGUUGGUGACAGCUACCAUGCGGUCGCCACCGUGUGCGACAAAGUGCUUCUUGAAAGAAUCCAAUCCUGAGCACGCAGCGCUGUUGCGAAAAAGGCUAGAAGAAGCACAGGAAACGGCGGCAAAAAGACAGGAAUCCAAAAAAGCACCGCAAAACACCUGGGUUGAGAAGCAUAUGGCUCAUGCUGACCAGCUUGGUGUUCGAUGGGCUGCGAAUGUGCCUCAGGUCUUGUCCCAGAAUCCUUGGUUUCAAUGCUUGACGCACAGGGAAGCAGACGCUUUGAGACUAUCCAGAGUGGAGUCGCCCCAUUCAGCAUUUCGAAACUUGAGCCAAAGUGUGGGCCGUAUUAAUUGCCAGUCCUUGCAGCCGGAUGGAACACAUGUGGGGCCCACCAUGUUGCCAACGCAGCUUCUUUGGAUUGAGUCUGCAGAGCGAAUCAUGAUUGGCGAAGAAGCUCUGAUGUUCCAAGGCUUCCCCAUUCUUCCAAUGAUGAGUAAAGUGGAAUUGCCAGGCCCUUGUUCCACCCAUGCCUUGUUGCAAGAUUUAGCUGGCAACGCCAUGGCCCUUCCGGUGGUUAUGGCGGUGUUCCAAGCUGGGCUCGCUUCUUUCGAAAUCGCGAUGUCCGAUGACGAAGAAGACGAAGAAGCUGAAAGUAUCCAGCUGGAUGUCGAGACAGCUUUGGCUGCUGUGGCCAAGUUGCGGAGACGAGCAUACGCUGAUUCGCCUAGAGCUGAAAGAGGACCUGCCUGGUCCACUGCCAAUCCGUUGCCCAAAAAGAUUGGCCGUGCAACGGGUGGAAUGGGGAAGGACAGCAAGGCUCUGGUGGCUGCAAGGUCCGAUGUGGACAUUCAGGAUGAAGAGGGCAACACCGCGCUUCAAAUCGCCACUCAGCUGCCAGCUUCGCAGAGGCCUUGCGGUGCUAUCACGGCCACGUGGCGUACACGCGGCAGAGUUUACUUCGCAGCAGUGCUUGGAGGGAUCAUGGUCGAUUCUCUUGCAGAGCCGGGCGAGCAAAAAGUGCCGGAGCCGGCCAGUCCUGGCAGCCCCACGGAGGCUGCGCAAGUGGAUGAAGAGUCAGCCAGCCGAACGAACAUCAGGUUUGAGCUGCUGAGUAGCAAGGUUUGCACAUUGGAAGUGCAACCAGAUAUGACCAUCGAAGAGUUGAAAGAGGAGCUGAAGUCUUUCCACCCAUCCAACGACGAGGUCAUUGAGUGUGUCAGGGCAGAAUCUGGCCGUGCAAUGGAGGAGUUGCUGGACGCAUCCCGGACACUGAAACCCUCCGGCCGAAGGCCUUCUGGGAAUGCAGGUCUUUGUUGCGGCUUACUCUGCCUUUCAAGACUGCAGCUCCUUGACAAGAUUGACCCUUUCACAGUCUCUGACAACCAUUGGGACUAG